AUGCAGAUCCCCACCGUCUGGACAAUCGUGACCUCGGUCGCCCACGUCCAGGUUCGCCAGGUCCAAGACUGUCAGUCCAUCGUGUCUUCGAUCGAGGCCCAGUUGCCGCCGAUGCCGACAGGCAUCUCAUCGCUUAUGGAGGCCGCCAAGACGGACGCCUGCACAAUGACCGCCGCCAUUAGCUACGAGUCUGAAAUCGAGCAGUACCAGACUCAGCUCGAGAAGUGGCUGAUGACCGAGUCGAACGCAUCCUUGAUGAUCGGCAUCAACGCCUGCGCCGAUUACAUGGAAUCCACCUACAGCGCUCUGUAUGGCAGCAUGACCACCUGUGCCCCUCCCAAGGACCUCGAGCGUCCCAAGACCAGCUCCGCCGGCCCGACCAACUCGGCGUCAACUACGUCCAGUGCCCCCACUACUUUUGCCACGACCGGCGCCACGGCUUCGGCCGCUGGUGCUGCAUCAUCCUCUGUCCCGGCUGCCGGCGCUGGAGCCAAGUCCACCACCUCUAUGGUUGUGGCGGUAGGUGCUGUCCUGGCGGGCAGCUUCUUGCUGCUGUAA